CGCAGAAGGAAAGGGGACAGUCAAACCUCCAAGGCCCGCCCCUCCCCCACUAUCCUUCCGGCUUUCUCCUACUGCGCAGGCGCGUCGACUGAACCAAGAUGGCCGCUCCCGUGGAUCUGGAAUUGAAGAAGGCCUUCACAGAGCUUCAAGCCAAAGUUAUUGACACUCAACAGAAGGUGAAGCUUGCAGACAUACAGAUUGAACAGCUAAACAGGACGAAAAAGCAUGCACAUCUUACAGAUACAGAGAUUAUGACUUUGAUAGAUGAGACUAACAUGUAUGAAGGUGUAGGAAGAAUCAGAAAAAAUCCUACCUGGAGCGGAGUGUGAAGGAAGCUGAGGACAACAUCCGGGAGAUGCUGAUGGCACGAAGGGCACAGUAGGAAACCUCUAGUGAAAGCUUCCUGCCCCCUUCUACUCCUGGCAAGGGCAGAGGGGCCCAUGUGGGGAAACAUCCUCUCUUCUGCCCUGACGGACUUUGUAUUUGAGUGAUCUGGUAACCCUGUGUUUUCUACUUCACCCUGAUCCCCUUUUCGAUCCUGGCUCUGCCUGCCACCCCUGCCCGACAUUCUUCUCCCCUGGGGUGAGUCCCGAACACCCAGGAAAGAUAGGGGCCAGGACAGAUAGGGGAGCUCUGCCCAAAGCUACUAGUUACGCUGGUUAGACCAAUAAAAGGCAUCUGUUCCCCCCACCCACUCUAAGUCUGCCUUUCUUGAGAACUGAGGGCCAGAGGCUUUUAACCUCGGCUCCUCCCUGACCUGUCCCCCUCCAGAGCAUUGGCUCUGUUCCUUUCGCAUUGAAGCCUUUCCUGGUUCUUUUUUUUUCCUUUCUGUUCCUUUGAGUAAAUCCUACAUCUGAGCUUCCAUGCAGAUCAGGAAGAAGGGAGACCAGGGUAUAACCGAAUUUAAGUGAACCUUGGUGGCAUUCUGCCCAAAGAUUCCUUCCCUGUUUCCUCCCACAUGUUCCAUGCGAAAAUGCAGUCAGGCUGUCUUCCGGUGGACAGUACAAUCCUAAGGCCUCCUAGAGGCUUAGGGGCAGUGGUGUGCUGGAGCUGGCUUGUACUGGCUCUGGAGAGCCAAUUAUUAAAAAUCAAGUUAUGUAAAUAUGUAAUCCUUUUAAAACAAGGGUAAUAAAUAUUCAGACUUGUCCCUUCCUAA